AAGCUACAAGUAGCGUUCCUGUCGUUGUAAUCAUUUUGUUUCGGAGGCGCUGCAUGUUUUAUCGGUAUCUCCGUAACCCAGCCAGCCACAAAACUUGAAGUAUCACACAACGAGUGUCACACGACCCAACAAAUAAUGGUGCUUGCGUUUUCUCCAGGAUAUUAAGGGUUUUAGCACAAAAUAUUUGAAUACAAACAGCGCGUAAUUUGAAUGCUCUUUCGACUGCUUCGCACCUUGCGUUUGCUCUAGUCGUUUGGAAUAUCGGCUUUUGAUGAUUACACGUUUGUGUCGUCCAGAACCCCUAUUCAAAAAGCUGAAAUAACUACCAGAUUGUAGAUGCACUUGGAAUCGCAGAAAAACGGGGUUAUGAAUUUCUCCUUUGGUCCACGUAGCCAACCUGUUGACUGGCGCAAGCUUGCUUCAGUUGACAUGGAUCGGCUGGUGCGGGACAUGGACAUGAAGAUGUUACAGGACAAUAUUCUGCACAUAACCUACUGUAACCUAGAGACUGAAAUGGGUAUGCAGAGCAUGCAAUUUGGCCCCCACUUCCUGAAGCUGUUCCGCCUUGCACAACUUAUCAUUGAGUACCUACUGCACUGCCAAGAGUGUUUGCAAACCAGCCUGGAGAUAGAGAUGACUAAAGUACAAGAAACUAUGCAGAGUGCUGAGCAAGUGCGCAAGGAACUGGAUCACAAAUCUGAGCUUCACAGCAAGCAAAAGAAGGAGAUUAAAAGGUUGAAAAAGUGGAUAGCGGAGUAUCAGCUCAUGAUGCGGGCUGGGGCUAGUGGCAUCCACAAGUGUCCGUACUGCGCCAAAGCUUUUGUGAGCCAGGAGUAUCUGUUAGCCCAUUUAUCACGGCGCCAUGAUGAUCACCCCAUAGCAAAUGGGUCAGUUAAGCCCAUGACUGUGACCUCCAAACCAGCAGAGAAUGAGACAGCUGAGGCCGAGAAAGCUGCCUUGAUUGAGGAAGUGAAGCAGAUCAAGGACAGACUAUAUGCAACAGAGAGAGACCUUAUGAAUGAGAGGAAUGCAAGAGAAAUGCAGUAUGCAAAGGAUAGAAAUCAGUUUUCAAAUGACGAUCAAAAGGUGAAGGAGCUAGAGUCCAAAUAUGAGCAAUGGAAGAUGCAAGAAGAUGAGAAUCACAGGAGAGAGCUCAUGUCACUAAGGCAGUCACUGCAACGGGAGAUUCAGAACAUGAGCACCCAAAACCAACAAGAGAAGAAAGCGCUUACUCAGGCUCUGGCAGACUUGGAGUACAAAAUGAAUUCACGGCCUUCCAUGAUCGGAAACAUCAAGGACGAGGAUGAACUAGAUGCUCCUCCUAAGUUCCAACCAAACAACAAAGAGGAGAUCGCUGAGAUGGUCAGAGAAGAAUUUGAAAACCAGCUACAACAGGUCCGUGUCCAAUCGCAAGAAGAAAUGCAGAGGGAGCUGAGGCGAAUGAACCAGAAGUGGAAAAGCAAAGAGGAGCGUCUCCAGCACGAACACCAGAAAGAAGUCGUCAAGGUACAAGAUCUCCUUUCUCAGUACGGCUCCAAAUUGGAGGCGGAGCAAGCCGAGAAAGAACGACUUGUAAACAUGGUGGAGAACCUGAGCAAGCAACUUCAAAAUCAAGAAAACAAUAGAAAGGCUGUGGGGGAAGAAGUCCAACAAGCCGCCAUCCCCAGACAACAGCAAGCUCUCGCUGCUACACCGCCUAGACGUGAAGUGACUUUCUCGGACAAAGAAAUGUCAAACAGAGAACGUGUCAAGACCCCUGAUUUCAAAGACGGGCCAGACGACACCAUAAGUCUGUACAUCUCCGCCAACACCAAUAACAACCACUACCGUCUAUGGCGACAGAGGUCGGACGGCUCCAACGAGUGGGUGGACAAGUUUAACUUCACCGCUUACCUCAAGCCCCUCGGCCCCUUCACCACGCCCUUGUACGUGUACACGGCUAGCGGGUCCCCUUACUGGCGCCAGUACAUCUCCGCGAGCUCAGACCCGCCAAGUACCGAGUACCGCCUAGAGUACAUGUUCUUUGUGUCCCGUACCGCGGUGCCGGGGGCCGUGGAACUCCACUUACUGGAGACAGGCACUCUCUCUGUCAUCCGCUCUUGCGUCAACAAGGCCAAGGCACUGCAGGGGUGGAAGUACAAGGGGGAGUCGUUCUACGUCAUGAAGUCUGGUCGCGCUGCAAAUGCGAACAGCCUGACGUCAUCGUGGGGGGCUGACAGCACCUUGACGGAGGAUAGGGACGAAGAUUCCGAUGAGAGCGAGUCGUUGCUAGAGGAGCAACCCUUGAAGUCCGACACACCAGAGAGGCCUAACACCAAGCCUGCUGAUGUACCGGUCGCAGACAGCUUGGAAACUACUGAAGAAAUGGAUGACAUGAUGACCACUCCCGGAUCCACAUCUGAAUGGGGCACCUCGACCUUGCUGCGUGGUGAAUUCCGUCCCUUCCCGCACAACCCAGACAUUACCACGCGCUACAAGCACACGCUGGAGGAGGUGAAUGCUUGCCGUCAGGAGAUAGAGGAGGUUCUCCACCAGAGACUGGCGAAGCAGGGGCUACAGACGAGUACUGGAAGACUGUCCACACAAAAGCUGGAAGCUCGGAUGGCUGCUCUAACGAACGAAAGACAAGCAAGAGCUAAGAAAACGAGAGGGUAUGAGGAGUUACGGUUGAGCCUCGCCAAGCAACUUGAGGAAGUCGCCAAAAGACACUACAAGGGAAAAUCCAAUCCUCCUCCUGCUGAUGCAACCGCGCCACGGCAGAGCGCCAAGCCGCCGACAUUCCGUGCUGCUGGUACCGCCGCACGAACCGCCGUAUCCCUGGGACCCUCCGUCAAGACAUCGACGAGAAGCUCUGCUACCCUCUCGUCCACUGGGUCGGCUGAUGUAGGCUCCUCAUAUGGGGAUCAGUCGUUUAGCGGUACGUCUGUGACGGAGCGAACGUUGAGCGAAUCAGACGAUGACGACGAGGAGUACAGUGACGAGGAAUCCGGCUGGGACUCAGGAGGAGAAAUACCAGCACGGGCUGCUCCCGCUCGCAACCAGCAACUCCCCCAGCCACGCCCCUUCCCAACCAGCCCCCAAGUGUCUGUGCGAAUCCCUACAGACGACGUGGAGUCGGACCCUGAAGACUUCCAGCCUGCGCCACAGAGGAACGCUUACAAGCCACCUGAGCCGCGCGGGGGGAAAGUGCGUGCGCUGACCAGUACACUCGAACGCAGCCUCAGCUUUGACGAAACUGCACGCAAGCCUGCUGGCGCGGUCGCUGUCCCUGGCAAACAGGAGGCAUUUGAUGUAGAAGACGAAGAAAGUGACUUUUCCCUUUCUUCUCUGGAUGACAAGCUGAAGCCAGUGCCAGCCCAGCGGUCUGGACAGGGCAAGCGGGACCAAGGCAAUGCGCCAGUCCCCGCCUCACGCUCCCGGCCAGUGCCCAGCCCCCGGAGCACCCUAACUCAACAGUCCCAACCUUCCGCGGUCACUGCGUUCUCAAUCGAUGACUACUCGGACUUCGACGACAGCGACCUGGACGUCCAUCACCUGACGUGAUCGCAUUACUCUGUCACGCGUCACGUAAUAUAUAUAUUAUACUUAUCAGCUUUAUGAGAGCGCUCGCUUUUUCAACGUUUUCAGGAUGACUCUGGUUGUUUGUAGAAAAGUAGAAUUCGCCUAAAUAAGUCUCUCAUAUGAGGAUAUUUGCACCACGGGGCUGAUUUCAAGCCCUAGCACCCUUCUCCUUAGCCUAGUUUUAGGUGUUCUGAUAGGGUUACCUGUGGUUUGAGAGCUUGUACCAGAUCCCAAACUUCGCUAGUUAACAAUCAUAUAUCAGGAAUCGCGUGCAUAACGAAGAGAUUACAGGGCUAAGCUAGUUAACAAUCAUAAAUCAGGAAUCGCGUGCAUAACGAAGAGAUUACAGGGCUAAGCUAGUUAACAAUCCUAUAUCAGGAAUUGCGUGCAUAACGAAGAGAUUACAGGGCUAAGCUAUUUAACAAUCUUAUAUCAGGAAUUGCGUUGAUAACGAAGAGAUUACAGGGCUAAGCUAGUUAACAACCAUAUAUCAGGAAUUGCGUUGAUAGCGAAGAGAUUACAGGGCUAAGCUAGUUAACAACCAUAUCAGGAACCGCGUUCAUACGAAGGGAUUACAGGGCUAAGCUAGUUAACAAUCCUAUAUCAGGAAUUGCGUUCAUACGAAGGGAUUACAGGGCUAAGCUAGUUGAACAUUUAUGCCAGUUCUAUGAUAAUUGCUAUUAUCAGAAGCCUUUAUAUUUAGCUACUACUGUUGUGUAAUUCAUAUGACCGAGUUAAAAAGUGCUGUUGCUGUUGUACGAAAAAUUUGGUAAAUCUUGUUAUAUAUAAUAUUUAUUGAAGUAUAAGCUAUAAAUUUUGAUAAAGCUAUUCUAAUUAUUGAUACAAUUUAUAGGGCAAGUAAUUUGAUGUAAUGAUAAUUUUAUAAAAACUCGAUCAUUGUUA